AUGCCGUCGUGGAGACAUAAAGGAACUAAGGUUAGGACGUGGCAGGCCAACGCAGAAUACCUGCAAAGUCUGGUCCCUGGAGCUGUGGUUGUUUAAGGCUUCAACACCCUGUCUGCUUUGAGCCUGCAGCAUCGACCUUCAGAUGCCAACAGACAUGUGUAUGUCUGCGGGGAAAGUGCAAAGGCCAAGCAGGCGGUGAUGGCGGUAGCCACCAAGCUGUGUCUCAGUGCCCUGGACCCGGGCUUUCUCUCAGUGGCCCGGGAACUGGAGGACUUCCCCCUGCAGCUGUUCCCCCAGUGGAGGCUCCCCCUGUACAUCGCCAUCGGCCUCAGCGCUGCCUUCUAUCUGCUGAUCAGAGACAUAAUCUAUGCAUACGUCACCCAGGGCAAAGACAUCUCCUUCAGAAUCAUGGUCUGGCUAGAACUCAAAUUGUUAGGAGGCUGGCCCAUAUGGGGGAAAUGUAGGGAAAAUGUUAUGGGACAGCUUCAAGAAAACAGUCGCUUUCAUACUAAGUAUUUUGUGGCUAAUUGAGGUAAGAAAGUCAUUUCGCUCAUUGAUUAUGAAUGUAUGAACUACACAUUGAGACAUCCAGCCCAAAGCAGGAGGUUUAAAAAAUAAUUUCUUAGUCACCAAAGUUCUGGAGUAUGUCUUAACAGCAUUGCACUUUCAUGUAGCCUAAUUUUGGUCAGUUAAUUGCCUAACCACCAAUCAAGUAACAUUACGUUAGUGGAAAAGGGUGAACAGACAAAACAUUCAAAUCCUGUUGCUGCAGGAUUAUUUUGCUGUGACACAAUACUGGUCAUAUUAAGAUCAUACAUCUGUACAUUGGACACACACCUACAGUAUAUAGCAGGAUUCAAGCACUGGUUUUGAUUAUUCGUCUCUGCCUGUCUCUGGUCUCUCUCUCAGAUCAGAGAGAACAGGACCACAGUGUUUGAUAACACAAUGGCCUAGCGUGGCGACUCCUACUUGUCCCUGGGAAUUCUAGGAAUUGGCCUGUACGUCCUGUUAGGAAUCACAUCUCUUCCCUCCGUCAGUAACGUUCUCAGCUGGAGGGAGUUCAGCUUCAUACAGGUGGGAUCAGCAGGACCGGUCACACUGAAUGCUUAGUCCAGACUCACCUGCUAGGCACAUUUUCUGCCCAUUUUUUUCCUAGCGGUGGAGUGGAAAAUCGAUAGUUACGUAACACAAUAUUAUUUUGGACGAUGUUAUAUUGAUACUUUGACUCCAAGUAUCAAUUUGUUGCUAGAUAGUUAGCUAGGUCUAGUCGGCUGUGCCCCUGGUAUUUUUCAUCCAUUAGCUUGUUCUCAUAUUCUUUUUAAACAGUAUGCCAAUGUUUUCAGCACUUUUAUUUCCAUGACUGAUAAGAACAUUUUCUCAUGCUCUUGUCUCUCUGCAGCAGACACAUAGUGAACAACAUCAAAUUGCAAUAAAAUCUAAGU